UGCGCGACUUUCUUUUGGCUGCAACGGAGGUGUCGCACUUCUACUCCUACUUGUACAAACAACAACAAGCUGUGCAUACAGUAGUUACAACUCUCGUGCGUUUCCUUCUAUCUAAAUUUAGUGAAGUCCGUCUCACAGGCAAUUCCGUGUAGAUUGAGUGGUAAUGAGUGUUUGCCGACGACCAUCUAAAAUUAUCUUCGCGACGCUCCGCAAGGCGCUCGGCGAUCGCAUCAGCAUGCGCCGCAACGGCAGUUCCUUCUCCAAACACUACUGAGUUCAAUGUUUUGGUUUUCUGUUAUCAUAAUCGUUCCGACGGAAUUGCGGCCACUUGAAGUCAUGACAUCGGUGCGCGAACUGCUGGUCUCCAGUUUUUUGUGAUUUAUUAUACCCUCCUGACCACAGUGUAUCCAAGAAGGAGUUCCGAUCAUUAUUGUUGAUUUCUGGACGUUCCAGAGAUGCAGUUCACUAUUUUGAAUUUAUUCGCCUUGGGCGGAAUGGAUAGUCUGCAUGUUUCGGGUCAGCAACAGCAAGUUAACAGUAAAACUUCUAGCAGAAGUACGUCGCCUUGCAGACGCGGAGGAGAGACCCAUCAUCAUCAUAUCCACUCCACCCCCCAGCCGCACCACAACAAAUCCCUCAGCCACGGAUCACAGGAUAGCAAUAAGUCUGAUGGCGUAGGUUACACGACGACGCACCACCGUUCGCACCAGAGACACAAAUCACCGACAGCCCCAGCAGACUCCAUCGCAAUGGACGAGUGUCCCAUCCUGGACGAGACAGGACCAUCGGAAGCCGAGGUCCUGGACCCGUGCUACCCUUCCUCCUUCAUCUCGAACGGCAGCUCGGAGCACGUGAAGCCCGAAGAUGAGACGGACGCUGCCGGCAACACCAGGAUCACAGCCACCAUCGAGCAUCUUGCGAACAAGAUCAUCCGCGUCAAGGAUCUGAUCCGGACGGAGCAGAAGCUGCGCGACGACAACGUGAACGAGUAUCUGAAGUUGGCCGCGAACGCGGACAAGCACCAGGUGCAACGCAUCAAGGCGGUGUUCGAGAAGAAGAACCAGAAGAGCGCGCACAACAUCUCGCAGCUGCAGAAGAAGCUGGACACGUACCAGAAGCGCGUGCACGAUCUCGAGACGCACGGCGUUGUGCAGAGCCAUCGGCCUCCUCGGGAGGUCCUCAGAGACAUGGGACAAGGACUCAAGAACGUUGGCGGUAAUAUACGCGAUGGUAUCACGGGAUUCAGCGGUUCUGUCAUGUCGAAGCCCAGGGAGUUCGCUCAUCUGAUCAAAAACAAAUUCGGCAGCGCCGAUAACAUCAGCCAACUUUCAACGUGGUACAUAGGGCCAGGAACGACUGGAUCGGAGGGAAGCGGAACAAACGGUGGAGCUGGAAGCGAUCAGGGUGAGAAAGUUCAUCAUGGUUCUGCGACGCUACCAGCAACUUUGCACGCGGCCACGUCGAACGUGUCGAUGGGUGGACAGCAACCCCAGAAGUUCCCCAGCGAAGAAGGAAGCGAGUGCAGCAGCGUUACGAGCGAGAGCAUGGAUAGGUAUAGAGGCAGGAGUCAGGAAGGAACAUCCACGCACGAGGUGCAGUACAACUCGAUGUUCAAGCAACUGCAGACGACGCAGGAGGAAUUACAAAUACUCAGGAAAAAGUUCGAUGGCGCCAUCACGCUCAGGCAGGACGUUCAAUUCCUCAGUUCGGCGUUGCAGGAGGAGCGGUUUAAGACGGAGCGGUUAGAAGAGCAAAUAAACGAUUUGACUGAGCUGCACCAGAACGAGGUGGAGAAUCUGAAGCAGGCGAUGGCCGACAUGGAGGAGAAAGUGCAAUACCAGAGCGAGGAAAGGUUGCGGGACAUACACGAGAUUCUAGAACAUUGCCAAACUAAGAUACAAAAGAUGGAGCAUCAAGCACUGCAGCAGCAGCAGUACGUCACGUUGGAGGGAUUGGACAACUCGAACGCUCGAGCCUUCGCCGUCAAACUGAUCAACGUUUUGCUCACGGUCCUGCAGGUGAUCCUCCUGCUGGUCGCGACCUGCGCCGGCAUCAUAAUGCCUUUCCUCAGAACCAGAGUGAGGAUUUUAACAACGUUGGGAAUAGUAUUGUUAGGUAUAUUCGUUUUGCGGCAGUGGCCCGAAGUCCAGGACAUCGGUUCGCACGUGAUGAAGAGGUUGAAGGACAUGCUGGACCCCGUCAAAUAGCAUUUAGCCAACCCCUUCAGACAAUGAACAAUCUAUCUCUCUCUAGCUCUUAUACUUCUUGUAUUCUACAUAUAGGACGCAAACUCUCUCGCUCUCUCUUUCUCUAUAUAUAUAUUUAUAAAUAUCCUACUUAUAUAUUCGACACAAAAAAAGCAAGAGACAACUACUACAACAACAAUUACAAAAA